AUGGACCCUUCAGUUACACCUUCAUUGCCCAAGACUCCCGAGUUGGAGCCUGUUUUUCUUGUCAACUUGAAGUUGAAUCCAGCUCCCUCGCCAGUUUUCUCGGAUUCUGCCAAAGACAAGUCAUUGACCUUGGCUAGAGUCGCUGAGGGUUACAUUGAGACAGUCAAGAACAAGUACGGCUUUGAGCUCGAGGUGAAGGACAUUUCUGGUUUUGAUGAUAUUACUACAAACCACAGAGACGGCUAUAACUCGUUGGACUGCAAGUUGUACGGUAAAACACCCGAAGGUGCUGGUGUGUACAUCACUUACGAAGGUAUCAUCCAAUUGACCGAGCCUACCGUGGCUGUUCUUUCUGGAAAGAGCGAUGGGUCUUCAUUUGAGGAUGCUUACGUGACCAGCAACCCUAGAAUCCACUUUGACGGUGAUGUCCUGGACAAGUACAAGUGGGCCGUCAAGGAGAACUUGAUUGGUAAGGGCCGUUUUGUUAAGGACCCUAACGGUAACUUGUACGUGCAAUACUACGUCUAUGUGUUCCGCUAG